CGAAACCUGGCGAGCUAAAGUUAUACGAGCAUUUAUUAAUAUUCCUUCUCUAUUUUUAUAUAUAUUUUUUUUGGUGGGCUAUAGUUUGUUUUUUUUUCGACGUUUUUCUCUCGUGAUCUAGUGAAAAUAUUGUGACAUUUCAUAUGCUGAUUGUCCAACCGAUUGUGGGAAUCGAUGGGCCACGAAUAUCACGAAGGUGAUAAACUUAUCCAGAACCCCAGGAAAUAUUAACAAAGUAUAUAUAAUUCGGGGCUAUUUUGUAUGUUGAACUUGCCAGUAUGUUGUGAGUCGUCGCAGUUGAAGCAGUGGCCGUGCAAGAAUUUUCUGCGCAUAGUGGUGAAAAAUGUUUGGUGUCAAAAGGAUAUCUCUUUCCGCAUUUUCUGCUAACUCUCAGUUGAUUUUCCCGUGUUUCCCAUCCGCUGAAUAAUGUGGCAUCGCUGCAAAGUUGUGAAUUUGUAGAAAAAAAUCAACAUUAUCUCAACCACAUCCCACAGCUUAGUUAUCAAGGUGGAUACACCUGGAGCCAAACUCUUGUCAGUGCGAUAUCACAAAGUGCUUAGUGCUUCACAAGGGAGAACCUUUUGUACCUUGAGCUCCCGGACAAGUGGGAAAAGUCUCUUUCAGGACCUUGGUCACCCUAGAAAUUUCCAAACGCAUUUUCAAAGUGUCUAUAAGUGAAUUAAUAAAUAAAUUUUAUUAUUUUGCAAUUAAUCCCCCCCAAAAAUAAACUGUGAGAUGCUGCACAAUUGCAGAGAAUAGUCAUUGUCCUUGUGCAACAAUUGCGUUUUAUCUCUAUAGAGAGUCCUCGAGGGGGGCACGAUGGGUUGUCAGCUCGGAAAGCUAUCUGGGGUGUCGAAGGGUGAAGAUGGCCAGGCCUUUGCCCCCAAUGAGAUGCCCAAACAAGCCAAAACAGACUCGAGGUUACCACUGACUGCCAAGCAAAAGUACUCAAUGCUGGCAUCCUGGAAGGGCAUCAGUCGAGCCAUGGAGCCCACAGGAGUUUGUAUGUUUAUCAAAUUAUUCGAGGAACACGCGGAUCUCCUCAAUAUGUUUACCAAAUUCAAAGAAAUGAAGACAAAGGAGCAACAGGCAAAGUCUGAAGAACUUGCUGAGCACGCGAAUAAAGUAAUGGAGACAUUAGAUGAGGGUAUUCGCAGUCUGGAUGAUUUGGACGCUUUCUUUGAGUAUCUCCAUCAAGUAGGUUCUUCCCAUAGACGAAUUCCCAAUUUUAAAGCGGACUAUUUUUGGAAAAUAGAGAAACCCUUUCUCUCGGCUGUGGAAACCACUUUAGGCGAUCGGUACACACCAAAUGUAGAGGGAAUUUAUAAACUAACAAUUAAGUUCAUCAUAGAAACGUUAAUAACAGGGUUCAAUAAAAGUGCCAAUUCAGCAGCACCAGCGAACAGUGACACUGUCAAUGUUAACACAAAAUCCUGAAUAAUCCCACAUGAUAUUGUGAAAAUAGCAAAGGUGUACUAUACGUUCACUGUGUCAUAAAAAUUAAGCAUAUAAAAAUUAUAUAAAUGUUUAUAAGAUCACAGUCAUUUAUAAAAAGAAAAAAAUGAGGAAAAAAAUGAUUAAGAUUUGUCAUACCGAAAAAAAAAACUAUAUUGCUAAGUCUAUUCUCGAAAGGAUAUCCCUUUGAAGAAUGAGACAAGAUGUGGUGUAAACUUCUCUGUGAAUCACCGUUUUUCAAUUAAUGAUGUUAGAACGUUGUAUAUUAUUGAGAAUAGAAAAUAAAUCUAUAUAUACAUGAAUAGUUAAAUGAAAUGUGGAACCUAAAGAUAUUAUUUAUAUUAGAGACAAGAAAACCUAUAGAUGUACAAUUUCAGAAAAAAAUGGUAUUUAUAUUGACGUGACUUUUGUGCACCAAACGGCACAUUUAUACCAAAAAAAAAAAAGAAAAACAAAAGUUAAAUUUAAAUUCCGGUACCAUUUUCGGGAUCCCUUCAGAUUAGCGUAAGUUUUUUCCUUUUAAACUUCACAUUUUGAAGAGAAUUUGCAUUGAAGUUUCUGAGUAAAUUUCUGCCGAAAUUAAUUUUAGGCCACGCCCCUUUUAGGACGAUCCAAUGUGAGUGAAUUUGAGAAAAAAUAAAACAUAACAAUUUGAGGCUCCGCCCACCUGUUACAUUAUCUCUAUUAAUUUUUUUUUGUUAUACGAUUUUGUAAGAUUGUUGAAAAUUAUAGGGAGAAUGUGAAUAAAACAGAUAAUACCAUGAUCUUUGUGGAGCCCUUCCCAUAUUGCUGUUUCUGGUUUGCUAGGGCGGUACUGUGGCAUAACUGGGCGUAUCUUAAAAUUAUUUGUCGCUUUAUUCAAAAAAAAAAUCAAUACAAUUUUUCUUCAAAGUAAGAAAUUUAAAAAUAAAAAAAAAUGUGACGCUCUUGUGAAGUUAUGCCUCACUUUUCUUAACUUCCCAGAAGCGAAAAAAGAAGAACUUUGUACAAAUUAAGACAUAUAUGAAGAGUUACACCUGUCAGGCAAUAUAUCUUCACCAAAUAAAUUCACAAUUUGGCAUUUUCCAUUCAUCAAUCAAUUAAAUGGUAAAACACUGUGCCUUUUGAGAUACAAUUGUGAGAGAAGAUAUAAAUCAAUUUGAACCCCGAAUAAUGAAUUUGCUGGACAAUUUCAUUAAAACCAUCCCUCUCCAGAAAAAAAUAUCGCAACAUUUCUUCCAGAAAUUCUAUCCAUGAGGCACAAUGCUUUCCAAUUAUGUUACGGGACACUGUAUAUGUAAAUAGUGAAAGCCAAAUAUAUUUGUUAUACGAAUUUUCCUGGCGUGAUACAUACACAUAAAAAAUAUCGCCCAAUUCGACACGAUAUAUUUGUCUUCUGUGGCUAAAGAAACCCUCAUAGAAAUAACAAGAAAAUAGUGUGUGGAAAUAUAAUUCUAUAUAAACAGUUAAUAACACAAUAUUUCCAUAUUUUGUAUUAGGAUAUGUGGAAAAAAAACCAUAAAUAAUGUAAUGGAAAGUGUAUGGAAAUGUGAAUGAACAUCUAAUGGAGCUGUAGUAAAAAUAAAAAUCUGUUUUUAUCUUCAAA